GCGGGCCCGAGGCGUGGCCGGCGUCUCGGAGCGCCAGGUGCGGCUUCCGGGUCAAGAUGGCCGCCGCCUGCCGCGCCGGGGCCGGGCUCCGGCCGCGCCGUCGCCUCUGCCUUCCUGCUGGGGCCGCACUGCUGCGCGUCGCCCUCUGCCUCCUGUGCUGGGCCCCGGCGUCUGUAGGCGCCGUCCCCGAGCUCGGGGUCUGGUUAGAGACAGUCAACGACAAAUCAGGACCUUUGAUAUUUAGGAAAACUAUGUUUAGCUCUACUGAUAUCAAGUUUUCUGUUAAGUCAUUCAGUUGUUCCGGGCCUGUGAAGUUUACCAUACAGUGGCAUUUGAAGUAUCAUACCUGUCACAAUGAAUUUUCUAAUCUGGAAGACUUGUUCCAGAAACAUGAACUUAGUGUUGAUGAAGAUUUUUGUGAUCAUUAUUUCAAGAACAUUGACUGUUGGACAACAAAAAAUGAAAACAUAGAUUGCAACAGUGAUUUACAGAUGUUUCCUUCAUUAAAUAAUAAAGAACUAAUGACAGAUAACAGAAAUGUUUCAAACCGGGAAGGAUCAAUGGAUGUUGUAGCCAGAACACAGAAAGAUGGGUUUCAUAUCUUUAUUGUUUCUAUUAAAACGGAGAAAACAGAUGCAAGCUGGAAUUUGAAUGUUUCUCUUUCUAUGAUUGGGCCUCAUGGAUAUAUCUCUGCAUCAGAUUGGCCUCUGAUGAUUUUUUACAUGGUGAUGUGCAUUGUUUAUAUCUUAUAUGGCAUACUCUGGCUGAUGUGGUCUGCUUGUUAUUGGAAAGAUAUAUUAAGAAUCCAGUUCUGGAUUGCAGCUGUUAUUUUCCUAGGAAUGCUUGAAAAAGCAGUUUUUUAUAGUGAAUACCAAAACAUCAACAGCACUGGCCUAUCAACCCAAAGUUUACUGGUGUUUGCGGAAUUGAUAUCUGCAAUUAAGAGGACGUUGGCUCGCCUCCUCGUGAUUAUUGUGAGCUUGGGUUAUGGCAUUGUAAAGCCUCGUUUGGGAACAGUCAUGCAUCGGGUGAUUGGAUUGGGGCUUCUUUACUUUAUCUUUGCAGCUGUUGAAGGCGUGAUGAGAGUUAUUGGGGGUUCUAACCAUUUAGCUGUUGUUUUUGGUGACAUUAUUUUAGCAGUUAUUGACUCCAUUUUUAUAUGGUUCAUUUUUAUAAGUUUGGCACAAACCAUGAAGACUCUAAGGCUAAGAAAGAACACAGUGAAAUUUUCAUUAUACAGGCACUUCACAAAUACUCUCAUCUUUGCUGUGCUAGCUUCUGUAGUGUUUAUGGUGUGGACAACUAAGACAUUUAGAAUUGCAAAAUGCCAAUCAGAUUGGAUGGAACGCUGGGUUGAUGAUGCAUUUUGGAGCUUCCUUUUUUCACUUAUCCUUAUUGUAAUAAUGUUUUUAUGGAGACCAUCGGCAAACAAUCAGAGAUAUGCCUUCAUGCCCUUAAUAGAUGAUUCUGAUGAUGAAAUUGAAGAAUUCAUGGUAACAUCUGAAAAUUUAACUGAAGGAAUAAAAUUAAGAGCCUCAAAAUCAGUUUCCAAUGGAACAGUUAAACCUGCUACUUCUGAUAACUUUGAUGAAAAUUUGAAGUGGGUGGAAGAAAACAUUCCCUCUUCAUUCACAGAUGUAGCCCUUCCAGUGCUAGUGGAUUCAGAUGAGGAAAUUAUGACCAGAUCUGAAAUGGCUGAAAAAAUGUUCUCUUCAGAAAAGAUAAUGUGAUUGGAACCCAUAUGAAUGAAAACUAGUUAACCUUGAAGGACUGUCCUUCAUCAAGACGGAAAGAGAGCUUUGUUUUGAUGCAGCAUAACAAGUGUUAUUAUGUUAUCUUCGAAAUCUGUGUAUUAAUGAAGAAUUCAGGUAGCAGGACAGUUCUGCAGUCCCUUUAAAGCUGACUCUUGGAUGUCAGUUAAUGUCCAGUAAAUUGCCUGGAUUUGGAAAUAAUCUGAAAAGUAUGAUAAAGAUAUCUGCACAAAUGCCUUUGAGCUGAUGGGUAGCAGGCAUGUGGAUUUGGGUUUUUUCUCUUUUCUCUGGAACAGAUGACAAUUCGAGAUUUAUACAAUUUUUAAAAAUAAAUACUCCUGCUAUUCUUUCUAGUCACUCUUGAGAGAGAAACAUUCUUCUGAAGUGUAGUGUAGCAGUGUCUCCAUGUAUUGGGUUUAGAGAUACAACAAGUUUCUUUGACUUUUAUAUGGAAGUGAUUUGAUACUAAGUUACCUUGGUUAACAUUGGAACAUAGGCAUGUUUAUAUGUUUAAUUCCCCCCCCCGGCCCUUUUGUGGUGGCACAAAGCUCUUGUUUGUAAGUAUCACCGUGCACAUCAAAUUAUGGAGUUAGAUCUUCUCUGAGCUCAGGGGAACACAAGUGCACAGAGGGAGAAGCCCUGAGGGUCACCUCCAAAGAUGUGCUCUGCCAUUGUCCCUCACUCAGGCUGUGUACAUGUGCUGAAUCUGCCAGGGCAGGUGGUGGACACCUGGCUACGUGACUUUCUCCAGAGCACUUCCUCCCUGUCAAGCUGGGAAUCCCAUUAUCAGUGAACCCUGUGGAAAUGAGAAUUGCAUCCUUUACAUAAUCUUGGCAUAUUAUAUUUCAUAAUAAAAAUAUAUAUUUAACUGCACAGAACGUCAUUGUUAAUCUUGUAAUUAAUCUCUUAAUCUUCAACCAUGUUUUGUACCUUAUUUUGUUUACAUUAUAUAUUUAUAGUGUGUGAUUUGAAAUUUUUUGUUUAAAUGUCUUUUUUUAAAAAAUGUAGAAUGUUCUAAACUUGAAAGGCAAUUGAAUGUAGUAUGAUGAAAAUGUGACUAUUUUGCUACUUUCAUGACCAAAGAUACAGGGCUAGUGGACGUUUAUAAUAGUAAUUAAAGUUAAAAUCAUGUAUGUCUUGUCUUUGAAGGAGUUCUAAACUUGCAAAUUGAGAAUGAAUUUAGAGAAUUUUGAUUAAGAAAACAUUAAAAUCUUAACUUGUAACUUAAAAGUA